UUUUUCUCCAGGUUUGACAUGAUAUUUCUCCACUUCACUCAGUUCUUCUCUCCUCACUCUCUUCCAUCAGCUCUGAAAUAAAAUUAAAAAAUCACUUUAAAUAAACCAAUAUUCAAAGAGAGAAAUAUGAAAGUGUGUCCUGAUGUAAUAGCAGAAACAAGAAAGCUGCUGUAAGACAUAAUCAUUCUGGUGUGUUUUUAUGAAUUAAUUGCAUGAAUGAGGUACAUUGACAUAUCAGUUAUUGUUUUCAAAACAUUUUAGGCACAAAUUAAAUUUUGUUGUAAUGAGAGCUAUCAAUCAUCUAAUGAUAAGUUAAAGGGACCAAACAGAUCUCGCCCACAUUUACUUCCAAGGAACUAUCCCUUUAAGUUUUUCUUACAACCCUUGUCAGAUAGUCUGGAAAGCCCAUUUACUUCAUACCAUUUGCUGUUUAUUGCUUACUGCUUAAAAAAUAUAUAACAAAAAACACAAUGUUGUAUCCAACAUACUGAAUAUCUGUUGAAAACUCUACUCAUUUCAUAAUUUAACUCUUUAUCUAAUGUUCUUCAGCAUGUAGACAACACAUUAUUCUCUGUAUUUGCUAAUAUUGUUUAAGUUAAGCAGUGCUGACUUUGCCAAAUUUAAAUCUGUACACUCGCUAAGUAUUUAUCUAAUAUUAUUUCCCUCCUCUUCACUCCAGUCCAGCGGGUGGAGCUAAAACACAUGCGUUUGUUUGUCAAACACCUUUAAACCUCAGAAGAAGAAGAGUCGUGACUAAGUGUUGAAGCAAGCAGGAAUAUCUGGAGGAGUAUCAUCUGAACUGAGAUCUGCUGCUGUGAAGAUGGUGUUUGUUAAAGAGGAGAGUGAGGAGAACAUGAUUAAACCAGAACCCUGCAGAAUAAAACACGAGGAACCAGAACCUUUGAGAAUAAAACACGAGGAACCAGAACCUUUGAGAAUAAAACAAGAGGAACCAGAACCUUUGAGAAUAAAACAGGAGGAACCAGAACCUGAACCAGAACCCUGCAGAAUAAAACAGGAGGAACAAGGAGAGUUCAACAAGGAGAAUGAAGAUUCAAGUGAAGCUGAGGAGAAAAAUCAUGUCAAAACUGGAGAAAAAACUUUGAGUUGCUCUCAAACCAAACAGAAAGAUUUAAAGAAAGGAGCAGAGAAAUCUUUUAUCUGCACUCAGUGUGGAAAGAGUUUCACACGCAAAUGUGGUCUUGAUAUUCACAUGAGAUUUCAUACGGGAGAGAAACCAUACACUUGUGAUCAGUGCGGGAAGAGUUUCACAAACUCAGCAAACCUUAAGACACACAUGAACAUCCACACUAGAGAAAAACUGCACGCAUGUGAUCAAUGCGGAAAAACAUUUUUGUGGGCUUCAAACCUGAAGAUACACUUAAGAGUUCAUACAAAGGAGAAGCCACAUCGGUGUUAUUUGUGUGGAAAGAGUUUUUCACGUCUAGAAUAUUUGAAAGAACAUCAGAAAAUACAUACUGGUGUGCGAGAGUUCAUGUGCAUUGAAUGUGAAAAAGCUUUUACUUCAGCAAAGUGUUUAAAACGGCACCAAAGGGUCCACACUGGAGAGAAACCUUAUAAGUGUUCACACUGUAACAAGAGAUUCAGUCAGUCAGGAAGCCUGAAAAGACACGAGAGGAUCCACACCGGAGAGAAACCGUAUCACUGCACUGCAUGUGGGAAGAGUUUCAAUCAUUCAUCUGCUCUACACAUUCAUACAAAACACUAUCACAGUAAGUAGAUCAUCUUCAGAUCCAGCACUUUCAGAUCUGAUGCUGACUCCUCAGCAGAUGUGACACAAUAAUGCAUCAAACAAUAAAAUAUCAUCUGGAUAAAUCUGUCCGAACCAGACAUUACAAGUGACAUGACAAAGAAACAUUAUCUAAAGUUUUCACAGUGAAUAAAGUCCAUCUUCAUCUUCAAAACCAGCAGAUUCAACUGAGAUUCAGUUCCUCCCCAAAGAACAAUGUCAGAAAGUUAUAUUCUUGUAUAACAUUUUGUUUCAUGAUCUAAAUGAUAUCACUGUGUUUUCUUAUGAGUUUCAUAUUGUGUUCAAUUGUCUUAUGAUGCAUGUAUCACUUGUACUGUGAGAUUCAGAUCAACUCAAAAGCCGUAUUCGGACAGUAAAUGUUGCUCCUGACACCUUGAGAUUAACAUGAUAGUAGAUGAUGGACUCAUGAAACAGCGGUUGUUCUUUCAUCAUUUGAUGUUGAAUUUAAGUAUGAUGUGAUGAUGAUGAUGUUUGGUUUAUACUAUGUUUAUUAUGUUUGAACUGAACUAACAGACAUGAUCACAGCAGUCCUACUGACUUCAGUUACUGCUGGAUCAUUAUUCGGAGGUACCACUCACGUCUUUACAUUGGUCGUCGUUUUAUACCUUUCAUUUCAUUCCCAGUUUCACAGACUGAGUCUGUUUUUCUUCUUCUCUUGAUUGUUUAUAAUCUGUCCACUCGCAGUGAUUGUGAUUAUUGUUGAGUUUGCGGUGUUUGCUGCUCCUGCUGUGAUUCUUCUUCAGAUCAUCUGUGCAAGAAGAGCUGGCGAGUUUUUCAGCCUCCGAGAAGAACUCCCAAGGUUUUUUUUCUCUCUCUCUCUCUCCAUUUCUGUCACCGAUGGAGUUUAGGUUCCUUGCCACUUCCACCUUUGGCUUGCUUAAUUGGGGACACUUAAUAUCUGUCAGUAUCGUCGACUUGAUUGCACAGAUUCUAUUUGAACUGAACUGAUCUGGACAAUGACAUAACUGAAUCAACAAUGAACUGACUUUAACUGGAAAACUGAAUUUGUUGUCCUCUUGCAUUAUCAGCACACGUUUUUCUAUUCAACACUGUAAAGCUACUUUGACGCAAUCUGUAUUGUAUAAAGUGCUUAUAUAAAUAAAGGUGACUUCACUUGACAAUCUGAUGAUUCACAUUGAUCUGGAACAAUCUGCACCUUUUAUUUAUUUUAUUUUUUUAUUGAAUCUCUCAACAUUUUACAACAGUAGCCAGGUGGUGAAGACAAGAAAAAAGAAAUAAUAACAAUGUCAGUUGCAGUCCACACAAAUUGUGUGUUUUGAUGACAAGACACUGUGGUGGUUCCCUUUCAUAGGUUCACUUACACUGCGAUAGCGGUCACUA